GAGUGUGAACAUUAGAGCGCGAGCCAGAAAACGAGAUGCUUUACAAAAACACACACACACGGCUUUAAACUGAACAACAGACAUCGCAUGCACACACUUCCAGACACAGGGAUGGCUGGAAAGCCGUUCCGAGCCACAUACAUCUGGACUAACAUCAUUAACAACCUUCAGACGCAAGUGGAGGUCAAACGGAGACGCCACAACCUGAAAAUAUACCACUGCUUUCUGGGCUCGGAAGCUGUGGAUGUGGUUCUGGCUCACAUCAUUCAGAGCAAAGUCUGUGGAGAUGCCGAGGUUCCUCGAUUCAAAGCGGUCCGCCUCUGCCAGGCCCUUAUGGAGGCCAGAGUCUUUGAGGCGGUGGACACUAAAGUGUUCGGGAAAGAAAAGAGGCAAGCCAAGUUUGAGGACAGCAGCUGUAGCCUGUACAGGUUUCUGAAUAGACAAACGCCCAGCACUUCCAGCUCAGAGACUAUUGAUAGUGGAUACAACUCUCUCAACACACAGAGGAACACCAACAGCCCGCCGUACCAAAGGAAGGAGGAUUCUGGGUAUCCGAACAACUCGCCUGUCAAAACGGAUAAAUCUCUGGAGGACGUUUUAGGAAAUCUGAACAUGAACACAGCCAUCACUCCACAGAUGAUGAAUCUGGGAUUAUCACAAGAGUUGAUGGAUGAGAUCUGGCGGCAGCAGACGGUGCUGAGGCUCCUGCAGCUGAUUGAACUGCCGCUGCUGGAGGGCCUGUUGGAGGGUCAGGAAAGCCCUCGUCCACCUCUGCACAGCAUGGACAGCGACCCAGACCUGCUCUACACCAGCAGCUACCUGGACCGUGAGAUCCUGAAGGCCUUCAGUGAGGCGCAAGCUGAUAGCUGGUUGUCAGCAGCUGUGGACUGUCUGGAGUUUCUCCCAGAUCAACUGGUGGUGGACGUGAGCCGAGGACUGGCUAAGUGUGAGGAGGAAACGUCUCAGUACAAACAGCUCCUGUAUGGAGUCCUGGUCCAGCACUACGGCCAGUCUGACUACCCUCCGCUGCUCACCAAUCACGUCUUUGACAUCCACUCAGGCGUCUCUGAGCUGCUCGUGAAUGGGAAGUGUGAGCAGGCGCUGGAGUCUCUUCAGUUGUGUCUGAAGCUGCAGGACUCGCGCAGUCGAGAGGAGCUCCGCAGGUUACUGCGCUUUAUGGCCCUCGCUGGCGGUCCGCACCAGAUCAAACUACACAAAGAGAUAGAGAACAGAAUGGCAGUAAAGAGGGCGUUCUCCAAUGCUAUUGUGUACGGGACCAAACUAGCCAAGGGGAAGGUUGAUCUUCUGGUUCUUUUCAUGAUGGACAAACAUCACGACCUCUUCAAGAUUCCUGUCACGCUGCAUACACUUGUAAGUGAUAAACUGGCCAGUAUCAUCAAAGGGACGGAUCCUGAUCUCAUCACAGGAACAACGUACUGUCGACGUCUCUCUGGAAAAGACUUUGUGGAAACGGUUCAGAAAACGACCCGAGAGGAGCUCUGGACGUUACUGAAGACAAUUCACGAAAACACUAAACUCUCUCUGAAGGAGAAGCGCCGUCUGCUCGGACAAUUCUACAAAGGCCAUCCGGAAAUAUUUGUGCAAUAUUUUGGCAACAGAAUAUCCAAUAUUUAUAUUUAAGGAUCACGCAAUGUAAAUACUGUAUAAUAUGCAAGAUGUAUUUUUAUGUGUAAAUAUGUAUUGUAGAGAGAAAGAGUGUGUAUGAGAGAAUUGUUGAACAAUUAAUACAUUUGCAUUUCUUAUUAAAAAGUAAAAACAAA